GUGCGUAUUUGAAUCUCUCUCUACCCCUUCUGUGUUGAGAUGGGUUUAAAGGAUAACGCCAUUUCUUAUGGCUCUACAUUAGUGUUAUCGCUUCUUCUUCUUCCUCUUCUUCACGAAACAGAGGGAUGUGAUAUGUUCACGGGACGGUGGGUGAAGGACGCUUCCUAUCCACUCUACGAUCCCUCCACGUGUCCUUUUAUACGACGCGAGUUCGCUUGCAAGAAAAAUGGACGGCCGGAUCUCGAUUACCCCACCUUCCGAUGGCAACCUCAGGACUGCAAAUUAGCAAGGUUCAAUGGAGUGGAGUUUUUGGAGAAAAACAAAGGGAAGAAGAUAAUGUUUGUUGGUGAUUCUCUUAGCCUGAAUCAAUGGCAAUCUUUAACAUGUAUGCUUCACUCUUCCGUUUCCAAUUCUCCCUAUAACCUAAGCACACAAGGCACUAUCUCAACCUUCACAUUCCAGGAGUAUGGAGUGGAAUUGAAGCUGGAUAGGAAUGUGUAUUUGGUAGAUAUAGUGAGGGAGAAGAUUGGGAGAGUGUUGAAGCUUGAUUCUAUCAAUGACGGACAUAACUGGUCAGAAAUGGAUACACUGAUUUUCAAUACUUGGCAUUGGUGGAGCCGUAGAGGUCCUUCACAACCAUGGGAUUAUAUUCAAUUAGGGACUAACGUUACAAAGGACAUGGACCGUGUGGCAGCAUUUGAAAUCGCACUAGGGACUUGGGGAAAAUGGGUCGAUACGGUUGUAGAUACUCAGAAAACUAAAGUCUUUUUUCAAGGAAUCUCACCAUCACAUUACAAAGGAGCUCUAUGGGGUGAACCAACGGCAAAGAGCUGUGCAGGACAGACUGAACCACUUUUGGGGACAAGUUAUCCAGGAGGAUUGCCAACAGAAGUUGGAGUUUUGAAGAGAGCACUUGGGAAAAUAUCGAAACCGGUGACUUUGUUAGAUAUUACAAUGCUUUCAUUGCUUCGCAAAGAUGGCCACCCUUCUAGUUAUGGUCUAGGCGGCCACACCGCCAAUGAUUGCAGCCACUGGUGUCUCUCUGGGGUGCCUGAUACUUGGAAUGAGAUUCUUUACAAUUAUAUGGUUUAUUAAUUACACUAAACAUAGAAUAUUUUUUUAGCAUAUUUGUUAUUGUGUUGGAUUCUACACUUGAAUCUGAAUAAAAAGAGGUAUUUUUCUUA